AAAAGUAAUACCCCCUCACUAUUAUUAUUAUUAUUAUUAUUAAUCAAGUUUAACGUCCAUACCGAGCCUUUCGGCUAUGACAGACCCCGAAUCAUGGGCCACAGCCCCUAUCUAGUCUUUAAACUUAUCUUUGACCAUUCUAGACCUUUUCCUCGCCCCAAACCACCUUACCGUGCAGGGCUUUUGGGCAUUAUGUAUGCCCUCCUUGGUGUGAUCACUGUAUGGGUGUCACCUGCCUGCUGCAGGCCACCCUCCCCUAUUAUCCCUCCCCCUCUCGUUCUGCCUCCUCUAAGGCCUCCAGCCCCCAUUCAUCAUCCCUAUGAGCCCUAUCCACUGCCCGUGCCUGGUCCCCCCGGGGGCAACCCUAUGGUAGUAUCUGCUAGGACUGCAGCAGGGC